ACACUUUUGACUCUUGCUAUUUGCCCACCUUAACGUAAUGUCCUCAUUUUCUCUUUUCCUUGUCUUGUAUUACCCUUCACACUUUACCUUUGUGCUCACCCCAGAUUCCAAUUUCCCUUAGCACCUCCAAUUUGUCAUCUUUUCAAUACUGUGUCUUCAUCUAUUGACCUUGUUUCCCUGUUUCUGUGGUGCCAAUUGGAUGUUAAAGUUAAAGGCCUUGCCUUUUGGUUCUUUGGUGAUUCUUUUCUACUUCUUCGGGUCAAAUCUGAAGAUGGGUGUUCUUCUUUAGCCAUCACGAAUCUAAGCAUUUCCUUGAUUUGGAGAGUAAGAUGAAGGAUUUCCCCGGGACACCUGGUACUGUCCUUGGUUUGGCUCUUAGGAUGUCACAGUUCAUUUUUGCUGCUGGAUCAAUUGCUUCCAUGGCUACCACUCCUAGUUUCUUUAAUUUUACGGCUUUUUGUUACUUGAUAGCUUCAAUGGGUUUACAAGUCAUUUGGAGUUUUGUACUUGCUUUAUUGGAUGCAUAUGCCUUGGCGAGAAAGAAGGUCCUCCACAAUGCUGUACUAGUUAGCCUCUUUGUAGUUGGAGAUUGGGUAACAGCAACACUAUCUCUAGCUGCAGCAUCUUCCUCAGCAGGCAUCACGGUUUUGUACUUUAAUGAUUUGGGACACUGCCAUUUUGGAGAUGAAUGCCAAAAGUACCAGAUUUCGGUUGCACUAGCCUUCUUGAGCUGGUUACCAAUUUCAAUCUCAUCCCUAAUUAUGCUCUGGCUAUUAGCUGCAGGGUAGCGAACUCUAUAUUAUGCCAGCAUUGUCUCAUCCAACAGAUGUUCAUCUCACUGAAAAAUUUAUUUGAAAGUGUCAAUAGGAAAGGAAAUAGAGUAGAGGUUUACACUCGUUUAGAUUGAUUCCUUCAGUUCAAUCAGAAAUGGGAUAGCACCAGUUUGUAAAGAGAGAGAAAAAUUGUAUAUGUGAUUUUGCCUUGCAAAGAAAUUAGGCUUCCAAUAUUGUUAUGCUGAGUUCCUGAUACUGUGACUGGAAGGUCAAUACUAUUAUGUUUACAGGAAAUUGGGGUGU